CCUCCAGUGGCCCCGCCCUCUCCAUUGACCCCGCCCCAGGUUGCCCAGGAGAUGAGAGACGCCGAAUCUUGGUCCGUGCUGCUGGCUUGGGGAGCAUGAUAGGUGCAGAAAGAAAUCCUCCUAGGUCUGAAUGUGGAGGUCAUCCAUGGAGAGUUCUGACAGCUUCUGCCAGGACUAUUGCAGCAGUAGGCAAUACGGGUUUGAGCUCGGACCCACGGACUUGCUGGAGCGCAAGGGCUCCCUGACCCUCCGCUCCCAUCACAAGAAGUACUCGAAGCCCGUGUUGGUGUAUUCUUGGUGAGCGAGCUCUCUGCAGUCCCCGGUCGCUGGGAGAAGGGAUGGGGGAGGAGAGGAAAGGACAGCAAUAGAGGGCAAGGGUGGAGAGGCUGGAAUAAACAGAGAAGAGAAUAAAAGGGGGAAAAAGAAGAGAAGAGAAAGGAAAAGAUGAGACAGGUGAAAAAACUGGGAGAGGUGACAAGGGAGACCAAAGAAAGGGAAACAGAUCUUCGAAGUGGGGAUGGGAGGAGGGCAUUGGGAGUUGGGGCAGCAGGAGGAGAUAGGAAAGCCUCCAAAAGCAGCUCCCCAGACACACUGAGACCUGCUGCAGCCAGCUCCUGUCUACCCGAGGUCGUAGAUUGCCCACACGGAGAAUGGAGGCACCAUGACAGAGAAGCCUAUCCCAAAGAUUAUGAUAUAGAAGGUCCCGAGGAAAUAAAAAAACUGUGUAAUUCAACAUAUUGGCGACUUGGAACCAAUGAACCCCCACUUCUAUUUUUCCAGAUUUGGAUAUCAGAAACACAUGAACAAAUGGCACAAGUUUAUUUAAACAGAGAAUUGGCUACAAUAAAGAGAAAGCCUUUACUGAAUGAAGAAACAAUGAGCUCUGGGAUUAUUGAAAGGGACACUGGAUUGCCUGCUACUGGCUUUGGAGCUCUCUUUACUAGACACCCACCAGAUCAUUGCAAAAUGUGUGCAUUGACAACAUAUGCUGAAGACUAUGCUCCACCAUAUGAUUAUCAGCCAUUUGAAUGCCACACAGUUUUUGAGUUCAUUAAGAACAGUAUUGCUUCCCUGUUAACUACCUAGAGGCUUACGGCACCUUCCUCCAAAGAGCUGACUGUAUUCAAGUAAGAAAAACCUAUUUUUCAUUCAAAAAAUUCCUACUGUACUUGUCUCAGUGAUAAUGUAAAAAUAUGUGUAACCUACGGGCCGUAGGGUUUAUUUCACUUGUCGAAGCUCCCAGAGAAGCAGGGAAUGGGGUGAGCUUCAGCUGUAAAUCAUGGAGGGAAAUUCCACUUGGAUUUCAAAACCACCACCACCACUGCAAUGCAGAUAUAAGGAGCCAGGCGCGUGUUUGACGUUGAGCUGGAACCAUGUGUUCAGGAGUGAACUCUGUAGAAAUACAGGAUGAGCUACAAGGGUCAGCUGACAUAGGAGAAGGGGGAGGAAAAGACGAUGAGGGUAAGCAAAGGAUUUAAUCAGGGCAGAGCGAAUGGUGCUGAGCUGGGCCACGCAGAAGGAAUUAUGGACAGGAAGGAUACGGCAAGAGGUUGCUGGGCCAUAAACACGAGGUCAGCGUGGGAGAGACACAGCAAGUUGAGGGGGUACGUCUGACUUUCCGUCAGACGCACAUUCCUGGAAAGUUGUGUCGAAACCUAAUUGUCAUGAAGUAAACACAUAUUUAAUAGGUAACUCAUUAAAGGAAAUUUAUGUCUGUAAAGGAAAGGAUACUUUUGUAAUACGAAUACCCACUCCCUAACUUCCUUCUUUGAAAAUUAAGGCUUUAUGUGUAUUGAGUUUUCUUAGAGCAAAGGGCAGCUGAGUACGGCAAGUUGAGAGAGAAAUACACAUUAUUUUAGCUAUGGGUCUGGCAGCAAGAAAGGAGGGAAUGUUCCCAAACGAAGAAGGCUCUUGCAAUUUUCAAAUUCAACUCCACUCUCCAGACGAGAAAACUGAAGGUGGUGCUUCACUCGAGGCUCACCAGGGGUUUGCAGAGAGUUAACCAAAUGUUCAGUGAUUCAUUCAUGGUCCUUAGCGGGCUGGCUGAGAGACUGAGAACUAGAACCCAGGACUCCGGCUUCUCACUCCCAUCUCAUUCCCUGCAUCUCACUCAGACCGAUGGUUUACUGCACGCAGAGAAUGAACAAAGCCAGAGUGCAGCUGCCUACUUUUGUCCUCUGGGGCCCUUUCCAGCUUCAAAAUUCUCUGAUUCUCUAUCAUCCCUGCCUCUCUUAUUUUUUAAGACUGUUACCUCAAAGGAUUCAUUGUAAGAUGAGGAGGCAGCCAAAAAAAGAAAUAACUGUUAUUGGCUCCCAAAUGGCCAGGGAGUGUAGUAAUACAUCUUAUAGAAGGAGAUGGAUAAUGUUAAAAGAAGAAAUUUAUCUUCCAGAAAGCAAUAAAGCUUUAAAAAGCACCAAGCCGGUUUCCCUUUAGUUCUGCCAGAAUAUAUCAAAUAUGGCACCUUAAAUUGGUCCAAGCUUCACAGAUAUCAGGAAACCACAAGUGUGAUGUGUUUUGAAGAGGCUGUACAUCUCCAAAAACACGUCAUUUCGUUCCAGCUUUCUCUUCCGUGCGCGCCAUUUAACUUCACUUCUUGUCAUUUCUUCUCAGAGAUUCUGCACGUAUCUCUGGUUCCCCAGAAACAAGCCCUUUAUCGGUAACUGCGGAAAAUGCGUGAUGUGAGAAUUCAGGGAGAGCGAGAAUGUGAUUCAUGCUAUUUUCAAGCACCCACGUUUGUAGUCUCUGUAAAGCACCAUGGAGAUGAUCCACAGAGGGUCAUAAGGGCUCCCAUUUUAAUCUUGGGAUUGGAAAGUUAUCUUCUGUCUAAGGAGCAGCCUUACAUCACCUCUUUCCAUUUUAAUCUCUUGUCCCUUUAGCCGGCACACACAUUUCUUGCUAAAAAUGCUUUAGAUCAUUAUGUAUUCGUAUGGAGUCUUUAAUGUAGCAGCAUGUUGAGUUGGGGUGCACAUACACAAAAUAGGAAUGACCAUUCUGAGAGAUUCUAAUCCAACCUGGCUUUAAACAGAAAUCAUGUCGGGGCACUUGGAUGGCUCCGUCGGUUGAGUGUCUGACUCUUGAUUUCAGCUCAGGUUGUGAUCUCAGCAUUGCAAGAUCGACCCCCCCCCCCCCGCCCCAGUGGGGCUCCAUCCUGACCAUGGAACUUGCUUAAGAUUCUCUCUCUCCCUCUCUCUCUCUCUGCCCUCCCCAACUCGUGCACGCACACAAGCAUGCAUUCUCCCUCUCUCUAAAAUAAAAAAAAAUAAAAAUAAAAAUCACAUUCUAUGAUGGCAACAUUGUCUAAAUUUUAAAUUGCAUGUGAAAUAUCAAAUAAAACAUUUUAUAUAAAUAGCCACUCUGUGCUUUUAAUACAGACAGAACCAUAACGUUAAAGAAGGCUAAAGCUCAAAGAGAUGCUAGGGUUUCUGGACAACUUUCCUCAUUUUAUGGAUGAGGAAACUGAAGCCCAACACAGCUAGUUAGGAGGAGAGCCAGCCAGGUAUUGCCUCGGCUGCCAACCUCUAAAAAGCACUCGCACGUCACUAGGACAAAUGAGACAUCAGAGCCAGAUAAUCCAGGUUUCAUACACAGCUCCUUAUUUGUGCAUAGUUAGCUGUUAGCUGGAACUUGACAGCCUGCGUAAAUACCUGGAACUAAAUGCAUGGCACCGUGGGUUAGCCAAGAGUAAGCGACUCAUUUGCUUCUCCAAAUUUAAGUUUCUUUAAUGUGCCCCCAAGCACACUAAAUUUUAAAUCCACAAAAGAAAAGAGGGUGAGAAAUAUAGAAGGAUGGAGGCUAGUUUCUUCGAGUCUUUAGAGACACUCACUGAUCCUGUUUCAGCCAAUGGAAAAUAUAUUGGUAGUGAAAUCUGUUUCUGAGAGCAAACACUUUACAAUUCAAAUUCUCUCUAUUCCUGCAAAAUAGCACAAGUGAAAAAACGAUCAUUGACAGAGUGCCAGAUCGUUACUUUCGGUCACACACCCAGAACUCUUAGGAGAGGUGGUCAAUACCAAGAUCAUGGACCCAUUGCUAUGUUCAUGCCAAUGGAUGGAAUUCAACCCACAUCGAUGUCGUGCUGUGCCAGAUGCUGGGAGCUACACAAAUGCCAUUGACCCAGUCCCCCCUCGGGAUCUUACGUUAUGAUCACGAGACAGACAUGAACAAUAUCGCAGACUGGCUCUUUGCUGGGAUAGCUAGAGGACCCCGAGAACCUGGAAGAUGGAAAGCCUGAGCGGCACCACAGAGGAGGCCUAUAUGAACCGCUACCUGAAGGACGAGUCAGAGUUCGCCAAGUGGAACGGGGGAAGGAAGGGGGGAUAUCAGCAUGUGCAAUGUUAGCUAAGAAGAUUGGGAAACUUAUUCUGGUGAAAAUGUUCAUCGAAAACAUUAAUAUUCUUCUUUAAAGGCAUCGGCAAAACAAGUGGGGAGGUGUGGUGGUGUUAACGGUGCGCCUUCCAGAUCUCCCUUGUGCCUCAUAGACUUAUUCUUCCAGCUGCUGACAGUGAUGCUGACAUGGUCCUCAGUGAGUUGGCUUCUCCAGAAGACGCAUCUGAAAAGAGUGCCCCCGUCUAAGGUCUCAUACUUUUUGUGGGGACACCUGCAGUGAACUGGCCGAGGGCGAGGUGCCCCAGUUUGAGUCAGUGCUGGAGUGCUUAUUCCUAUUCAGAGCUCCCUGAGGGACUGGCAAGUUCGUUGCAUCACAGCUCAGCUCUCCCGUCUUCCCCUGCUUCUGUCUUCUUCUUUCCGGGACUGUUGAUCCCAAGAGUACUCUAAUAAAAUUUCCUACACGCUAAUCUCCAUCUCAGAGUCUGCUUCUAGGGUCAGGGGGCUAACUAAAUAUUACAAGAUCAAUAAGGAUGUAGGAUAUCACAUUACAACCAGUAAGAACCCACUAGUCUUAUACUCGCCAGGUUGGAAGGCAGGAUCGGUCACCAACUUAGGGUACGCACGUGUGAACCUUUCCUUCUAGUGUUUUCAGUCCUCUUUCUGAUAAGCCUCCAAACCCUUUCCCCCAUUCCUACCUUCAGGGGCUUUGAAAAGUUUCCUGGGCUUCUGCUUCCAAAUGACUCUUCUGUGAGCCUUUAACCCAGUUCUAUUUUGGGAGUCCUCUACAUAUUUCCUCCUCUCUACAUAGAAUGUUCUGACCAAAUUUCUCAAAAUAUGGUCCUCAGCCUGCCUGAACCGGGUGCUUGUUUAAAAUACAGGUAACAGGCUCUACUUCAGCUCCACUCUACUGGUGGAGAUUCUUAUGCCCCCUCAAGUCUGAGAAUCUCUUCCUCAGAAUCUGGGGAAUGUGUUAAAGAGAAAAAAAAUGGUGUUUCUGAAUUGCCUGUGGAAUGAAUUGUUAUAUGUAAUUUAGACAGCUUUACAAUUUGUGAUGAAAAGACAGUGUAGACACUGCAUUUACUCUUGUUGGGAUUCCAGCUUACUGUCAGUGGGUGGGACAGAGGCUGUUGAAAUCUAACCAGGCUUCGGAAAUCAGACAACUCUGACCUCAUCUGGGAUAGUUCUGGAUGCUGUGUGGAUCUAGGGUGGAGUGUUGAAGGGCCAUUUAUCAGAGAACUUAGCAGCUUGUUGGUAGACAAGUGGAUGACUGCCAUGCAGUUUUCACAGACUAAGCUCCAGUCAUUCACAAGUUUUCAUUCAGCCGCAGGAUUUACAGAUGAGCUUGAAUCCGGGUAGAACAACCAAGGGUUUGCCAAGGGACACUGAAAUGUAGAUAGUACCGCAUACUUUGUUUUUAAAGUCAACUUAAUUGAGGUAUAAAUUAAUUAAAUUUAAUUAAAUAUAUCUCUUUUUAGUGUAUAGUUCAGUAAUUUUUUGACAAAUACACAGCUAUCCAACCAUUAUCAUGAUCAAGAUAAAGAACAUUUCCAUCAUCUCCCAAAUUCCCUCCUGCCUCAGUUGCAGUUUCCAUCCACCAUUCCUAAUAUGAGGCAACCAUUGAUAUACUUCCUGUCACAAAAGAUUAGCAUGGCCUUUUCUAGAAUUUCAGGUAGAUGGAAACAUGCAGAACACUAGGAUAUCUCCACUAAACAUAAAGUGUAGGUUAUAAGGUUCCUUUGUUGUCCAGCCCUUUAAAAAAGGUGUUCCA